CCCAGACGUGGCACGCGGGCCCCGUCCCAGCACCCGACUCUGGAGCCGGCACUGGAAACGUCGGCAAUGCCGCGCAGGCUGGCCUCCGGUAUGUCGGCCGACGCCCGCCGGGCCAGCCGGCCCUGUGGCCAGACGGCCCGGCCUGAGACCGUCACAGAGAAGUCCUUCAUGGAGUCUGUCACCGGCAUCAUCAACGAGGUUGUGCCCACCAGCUACGCCCACCAGCAGCCGGGCGCUGACCACCGUGAGACGGUGCAGUGGGCCCGCUUCGAGCAGUGCGACAUCAACGACAUCUGCAACUACAGCGAGGCCAUGGAGGCGAACGGCAACGUGGCGCCGCUGGUGCUGGUGAUCGGCUACAGCACGGGUGUACAGGUGUGGCUGCUGCUGGGCAGCGGCGAGGCGCAGGAGGUGCUCUCGUGGCGUCAGGGCGUGGUGCGUGACGCCCGGCUGCUGCCAUCGCCCGAGGCCGCCAUGGAGGACGUCUACCGCCAGAAGCGGCCAUUGAUGGCCGUUUGUGACGCGGCCGGCACCGACACCCAGUUCUGCUCGGUCGGCCUCAUCAGCCUGCGGACCGGCGAACAGGUGAAGAGCGUCAAGUUCAAGUCGGCCAUCAGCGCCGUGUUGGCCAGCCGGCGCGUCAUGGUGGUCACGUUCCCCGGCAAGCUGGCUGUCUUCGACGCCGGCACGUUCGAAGAUCGGUUCUCAGUCACCACCUGCUACCCAGCACCCGGCGUGCUCGACAACCCGGUGGCUCUCGGACACAG